CAGGCCGAGACUAUCUCAAAUCAGAUGCUUUCCUAAAGGUUAAGCAAGAUGCUGUUCAAGAUGACGAAAGUCGUGUGUCUCAUUGCGCUGCUCCUGGUGUUCUUCGUGGCCGCAUCCUCUUCUGCUGGUCUGAUAGCACGUUCAAGUUCCGGUAGCAGCUCCAGCGGCAGCUCCAGUGGUAGCUCCAGCAGCAGCUCCGAUACUACCCCAGCUCCUACCCCAGCUCCUACCCCAGCUCCUACCCCAGCACCGUCUAGUUCCAGUAGCAGUUCCGAUAGCAGCUCCAGCAGCAGCUCCAGCAGCAGCUCCAGCAGUAGCUCCAGCAGCAGCUCCAGUGGUAGCUCUAGCAGCAGCUCCGAUAGCAGCUCCGAUACUACCCCAGCUCCUACCCCAGCUCCUACCCCAGCUCCUACCCCUGCUCCUACCCCAGCUCCUACCCCAGCUCCUACCCCUGCUCCUACCCCUGCUCCUACCCCAGCUCCUACCCCAGCUCCUACCCCAGCUCCUACCCCAGCUCCUACCCCUGCUCCUACCCCUGCUCCUACCCCUGCUCCUACCCCAGCUCCUACCCCAGCUCCUACCACAGGUUAAGACUGACGGUACUGGCAUUCCACCAUGAAAACGUCCAGAUUAAUGCAAUUAAAUCAAUAAAGCAUGCUUUGUAAAAUUAG